CUGACCUUAAAAUGUCGAUUUUUUAGAUGUGAAGUGAGCCAAUCAGUUAAAGGUGAUUUGAUACCUAGUCGUUUGAGCUUAUUGAUAAGACAUAUGGUUGACCCUACCGAAAGCUUUUGAGAAGUCAAGUUAAAUGAUGUCAACCCCCCCUUGCGAUGAAAGAUGGUUGUCCAUCUGUCCACCAUAGUCAGCAGGUUAGUUAUACAGGAAUGACCUUUCCUGAAACCGUGCUGUUGGUGUGAAAAACGGUUUAAGGAUAGUAAGUAGUCGUGUAUACCGUCGCAUGGUAGGGAUUCCAUGAUUUUUGAAGGUAUAGGGAGAAGAGCAACCGGUCGGUAUCUUGGCAGUUUGCUGCGUCGACCUCCUUCGAAAAUUGGUGUGAUGUGAGCCAGCUUCCAAGUUUCCGGCAAUGUACCUCGGCUUAGCGACUGUGAGAACAUCACGCUAAGUGGUGUUGCCAGGAUUGAAGCUGCUUCACUCAGUAUACCAGAAUGAGCCAUAUCCGGACCAGAAGUGUCCUGUUAGGUGCUGCAGUUUCCGGUAUACCAAGUCAGCGCUCAGGUUUACUUCGGAAAGUCCUGUGCAGUUGCAGAUGAGGCUUUCAUCAAUAUGGUUAGUGUGGGUCGGUUGAAAUGUCCGGGAGUACUGUUCAACCAGAAGAUUAGCGGCGUCAACAUUGUUAUUGGUCGGAAUUUUAGGACCUAGCAGUUGUGAAACUCCAGUUUUAGCUUGUUGAAGAGAGACUACAUAUUAGAAUAAGCUCUUGGGUCUAUAUGUUUCGGAUUGAAAGACAUGCUUUAUAAUAUGAAAUAUUUGUGGUGUUUUUAAACCAAAAUCGUUUAAUUAACCACUCUAAGGCUUCGGUUUUUGUUUAAGGUUUUGCUGUUGGGCUGUUUUUUGCGUACUAAGAUUUAUUGAUUGGAAUUACUUUCUAUUUAGUUCUGUCCCUCUCUUUUUGUAUGUCCUGUUAUCAUCUCCAUGUCGUGAUAGCAUGGCAUGGGAGUGUACCUCAAUGCACAGGUUGUGCCAUGUUGUAUUUUGGUGAUAUCCGUCUGUUUGUGGAACUAUAGCUGGUUGGGUUGCUCUUUGUUUAGUUACUACCGCUUUGAGUCAAAUUAGUGUAUGAGUUUUCGAGUUGGAGAGCGAAAUUCCGGCCUACGUAUUUUUUUGAAUCCAUGUCCUAAAAGCUCCAAGGUUGCAAUUAUAAAACCGCGCUAUCCUAUCAAUUUUUCACAACGUCCAUUUCUGUACACUUUGACAAAUCUGGAAACAAGUUUCAUCAGCCAAAUUUAUGGUUUAUCGGUUCCCAAGUUUAGUGUCUUCGAGACACGUAUGUCAGGAAAACGUGUAUUCGCUUGUAUAUCUACAUCUUAACAUCACGUCCAUCCUGGGCUUCAUUGGUUAAUUUAUUUACUGUCACUGUUUCAUUUUCACUUGAGUGCUCCAUACAGCCUUUUUAUUUUAUCUAUUUUGAUCUUCCUGUGAAAUAUAAUUGUUGCAACCUACCCUGGUCGUGAUUCUAAACUUUGGUUUGGCACUGAGUACACAUUUUAAGGGGGUCGAUGAAUUGUGGAUAUAAAAUCAUUUACCAAAAUUAUCUUCCGUGCAAUGAAGUUUAAUCAAACAUCUGUGGAUUCAUCGUUGGGUAGUCUUUCUGUAUCGUCCGCUGUCAAUCGAUCAUAUGACUCAUUCUUGAAUAAUGUGGAUACACAACCGGGUGCACUACUUUCUGAACUUUUGUCAGAUUGUACACCACUUGACUGUCUUGUUUCAAGCACUUUGCAAUCAUCCAAUAGUCAAGACAAUAUAUCUUUGUCACUCUAUGGAGUAACAUCAUCUUCCAAUAGUAAUGAUAAUAAUAAUAGUAGUAAUGGUAAUAAUAACAUUACGAAUACUAUUGGUAAUAUGAAUGGAAUUUAUGUUCCAAUAAAUUCUAAUUCACAUGAUUGCUAUAGAAAAAAUUCUACAAUUGAAUUAAAAUCUGAUCCAGAUAUAUCAUCUAAACUUAUUGAAGAACAGUCCAAAGAUGGUGGUGUACUGUCAGUGACAUCGAAACUUGAUGAUUCUAUUAAAGGUUCAAUUUUCUCUGACCGUUAUGAUGCAGAUAAAAAUAGCAGCACUAGUAAUGUCACUUCCACUACUAAUACUACUGCGGUUACUACUACUUCUACAACAACAACAACAACUACUGCUAUCGUUAUUAAUAAUAAUUAUUAUGAAUCAGAUAUUAAACACUAUACAAAUACAUCACCAACAUUGAAUCAACCCACCAUAGUUUCAUUAUCACUAACAACAACACCGACAUCAGUCAUAAAUCAAGCCGCUUUAAUUGCAGCUGCCUUAGCGAAAGCAUCUGCGGACAAGACAAUGAAUGGUCCUUUCUCACUAAUUGAACGUACUACUACCAUACCACUUAAUAAUAAUACUUUAGGAAUGAUGAAUAAUAAAUCACGUAGAAAUUCAUUAACAGUACCAAAUCAUAAUAUACAUUUAUCAUCAUUAGAUGAUCAAAGUAAAUUAAUUAGUCAAAAAACCUCUAGUUCUGAAAAACACUUUAUUGAACAAAUUAGUUCAAAUGAUGAACAAAGUCCUAAUCGUCUUCGUUCUUCAGAAGAAUUUGAUAAUCUAUUGGAUUCAAAUACACCUAUAUUAGAUUUCACUUUCUCCGAUGUACAGUAUUGGUGUAGUGUCUUUUAUUAUGAAUUAAAUACUCGUGUUGGUGAUGCAUUUCAUGCUGGUCGCCCAACGUUAACAAUUGAUGGCUUUACUGAGCCAUGCUAUCGUUCCGAUCGAUUCAGUUUAGGCAGCUUAAGUCACGUUAAUCGACCCUUGCAAGUUGAGAUGACUAGAAGACAUAUUGGUCGUGGAAUACGAUUACAUCAUAUCGGUAGUGAAGUUUACCUUGAAUGCUUAAGUGAUGCUGCGGUUUUUGUUCAGUCACCAAGUUGUAAUCGUUUUUACAGUUGGCAUCCAGCAACUGUUGUCAAAGUCCCACCAAAGUGUAAUUUAAAACUUUUUGAUAGUACAGCAUUCGCUAGUCAAUUAGCUGAUAAUAUGUCACGUAGUUAUGAAUCUGUCUUUUCACUAACUCAUAUGUGUUCAAUACGUGUUAGUUUUGUGAAAGGUUGGGGAGCAGAAUACAGAAGACAAACAAUAACCAGUACACCAUGUUGGAUAGAAGUACAUUUAAAUGGACCAUUAAAAUGGCUUGAUCGUGUACUUCGACAAAUGGGUUCACCAACACUUCCAUGUACAUCAGUGAGCUGAGAAAAAAAAUUUUGAAAGAAAAAAAAACUAAAUCAGAACACACCCAAUCGAUCUCAUUCACUUGUUUUAUUGUAUUAUAUUAUUACUAUUAAUUAAUCUUCACGGCUGGUAACUAGACACACACACACAUGCACACGCACACAAUCAUCAUCAUUAAUCCCAUCCUUAUUUGUUCACUACAUAUGUUUUGUUUUUAAAAUGUCUGUUCUUCUUUGGUUUCUCCAACGGAAAGAAUGUAAACGAGAAAGAUUUACUACUAAUGAAAUGAUAAUGUAAUUAACAUUUAUAUUUAUAUAUAUAUAACUAUUCGUAUCUCCUGUUUUAAUGUUUAGUAUGUAAGUUUUUUUAAUGAUUCUUUGUCAGUCUAUUGAAGUUAAUUCUGUCAUUUCAGCUAGCAUUUACGCUAUACUUAAAAAUAAUAAUAGUAUUGAAGAUUUUAGCCGAACACUUAAAGAAUGGUGUAAUAUAUACAUAUGCAUAUAUAUGUACACUUGAUCUAGGAAUAAUGAAUGAAUGAUUUGGAUAUAUUUCUAUUGAAUUAGCAGCAUAGAUCAUUUUAUUAAAUCUUUUUUUUGUGUGUUCCCCAUAGAUUUUUUUUAUUGAUUUGUUCUUCCCUCUUUUGGUUAUCCGUUUCUCUGGCUUCUUAGUAUUCUAUUUCUUUUUGUCUUGCAGUUGAGUCGAUAUUCUGUGUACGUGUACUACUACAUAUUACCAUUAAUGUUUGUAAUACUGAUAACACAAACUCUGAAUAAUAACGUGUUAUACAGCUUAUAUUAAACAAUAGUAAUGUGUGAAUGUAUUAUUUUGGUCUACGUAUACACAUUUAUUUAUUCAUUUUGUCUGUUUUCUCCAAGUUGAUUAUUCGUUGGUUUGUACAAAAGUGUAUCUCUCUCUUCUUUUUUUCCUUUCGAAUGUUUCUCUCCGAAUACUAAGUAUUGUUUACCUAUAGACAGACAAGUAAAGUACAUUUGAGUAAACAAAUGAGUGUCCUAUCUAUUCAUUCAACUUUAAAUUAGUGCACUUUUCUUCUUGUUCUGCGCUGCCGAUUCUUUGUUUAUUUUGCUUAUCUUAAUAAAAAUACCCUGUUGCGGAUAUUAUUUUUCUAAACUUACGUAUGUUUUCUUCCCCCUUAUAUAUAUGUACACGCGAACUUUUCUUUUUUUGUCAUCCAAAGUUUUAUUAUCAUCAUCGAUUUUAUUAUUUAUAAUUAUGUUGAAAUUCUUUCCUUUAAAGAGUAUUUAAAAAUGG